UCUUCGAGGUGAAGGCUACCGCGGGGGACACCCACCUGGGAGGGGAGGACUUCGACAACCGCAUGGUUGACUACUUCCUGCAGGAGUUCAAGCGGAAGUUCCGCAAGGACAUGAGCACCAACCAGCGCGCCCUACGACGUCUCCGCACGGCGUGCGAGCGCGCGAAGCGAACCCUCUCGUCGUCCACCCAGGCGCACAUCGAGAUCGACUCCCUGUUCGAGGGCAUCGACUUCAACUCCACCAUCACUCGCGCCCGGUUCGAGGACAUGAACCAGGACUACUUCCAGAAGUGCUUGUCACCCGUGGAGAAGGUGGUGAAGGACGCCAAGAUGUCCAAGGGCCAGAUCCACGAGGUGGUGCUGGUAGGAGGGUCCACGCGUAUCCCCAAGGUGCAGCAGAUGCUUUCGGCGUUCUUCAACGGCAAGGAGCCGUGCAAGUCCAUCAACCCUGACGAGGCCGUCGCGUACGGCGCCACCGUCCAGGCCGCCAUCCUCUCGGGCAAGGACAAGUCAGACAAGCUCGACUCGCUCCUGCUCCUCGACGUGACCCCGCUCGGACAGGGGCUCGAGACGGCCGGCGGCGUCAUGACGACGCUCAUCAAGCGCAACACCACGGUGCCGGUAAAGAAGUCGCAGGUGUUCUCGACCUACGCUGACAACCAGCCGGGUGUGCUGAUCCAGGUGUACGAGGGUGAGCGCACCAUGACCCGCGACUGCAACCUCCUGGGCAAGUUCAACCUGGACGGAAUCCCGCCCAUGCCCAGGGGCCAGCCGCAGAUCGAGGUAACGUUCGACAUCGACGCGAACGGUAUCCUGAACGUGCACGCCGUGGAGAAGUCCACCGGCAAGUAGAACAAGAUCACUAUCACCAACUACAAGGGCCGUCUCAGCGCCGACGAAAUCGAGCGCAUGGUGGAGGAGGCNCCGACAACCAUCCGGGUGUGCUGAUCCAGGUGGGCCAGCCGCAGAUCGAGGUAACGUUCGACAUCGACGCGAACGGUAUCCUGAACGUGCACGCCGUGGAGAAGUCCACCGGCAAGCCGAGCGCUACAAGGCCGAGGACGACGUCCAGAAGAGCCGCGUGGAGGGCAAGAACUCGCUCGAGAAUUACGCCAACCAAAACGCCGAGAAGGAAGAGUAUGAGGAGAAGCAGAAGGAGCUCGAGGGUGUGUGCAUCCCCAUCAUCCAGAAGAUGGCCGGCGGGGCGGGCGGCGGCAUGCCGGGGGGUAUGCCCGGUGGCAUGCCCGACAUGGGUGGCGCCGGGUUCCCCGCCGGAGGGGCGGCACCUGCUCCGGACGCGGAGGCGGACGCCGGCCCCAAGAUCGAGGAGAUCGACUAAAAAGGGAUGCUAGUUUGAUUAGCAUGGCCUCUUGUGAUUGUUUUGUGUAUUUCCUUAAAUUUGGAUGGAAUUUGGACGCUGUGCGGUUGCUGGCGACAGAUCGCCAGAGAUGGUACGCGAGCGAGCGAGCCGUGACACGAAAAAUUCUUGACUGGGAACGAACGAGAGUCAAGCGGUGUACAUGUAUCUAGUGUACGAUGUUGUGUUAGUGUGCACCCUGUACCAUUGAGGUGACUAGCCAGCUUCCCCGGCGUUGUGUUUGCACCCUGUCUGUCGAUUGUGCCUCGUCUCGAAUGUUUACUUGUGCUUGAGUUGUUGGUGGGUGUUCUCAGAGGCAAGUGGGAUUAUUCGUGGUGCACGACAAAAGUGCUUUACCAGUCAUUCUAGACGCCUGUGCGUCCUUGUGUGUGGAUUGCCGGCCGGUUGUUCUUUCGUUCGUAUUUGUGCAUGAGCGUGAUAGUUUGUUUUGUCGCUGAUCGUGUCUGUUGGUAUCCGUUGUGCUGUCUCAGAUCCCGGAUGGGUUAGUAGAAAUAUAGAGUGGCGAUGUCCGCCAGGAAAAAUAACGAGAAGAGCACGUAAAGAUAAGCUGAAUGCAACACAUUGUGCGGCGAAGACCUCCCGUUCCUCUACGUGCCAGAAAUUGGAAGAGAAACGAACCGCACGCAAAGAGCGUGCGAUGCGUUGGCGUGUGUAGAUGAUGCGCAGACAGACGACCCGGACAGUCCUCCAUGUUCAGACGUCCACGCGCAAAUCCCUGCCCUGCAGUGUUAGAAACAGGCCACAUUUUUUGUGGGCGAUGGCAACGCACGCAGGGUCGCUGAAGGAUAAAAUAUACAAUGAGGUCUGCCUCUCGCGUUUAAUAGUGAAAACAAAUCAUCACCCACCGGAGGGAGUCCGAAGGUCAUCCACCACCCAACUCGAGUCAUUCGUGGCGGGGCCAAGGCAAAGUAUCUGUUCUAGAGUUACUUUUAGACGGCACCGUCUCAAAUCUACGGUUGGUUUGUGGCCUCACCACCAGCCUCCGGACACGGUACAGACCAAACAUGACACGGGCGCUAGAAUCGCUUACCAUUUACCAGGAUCGCGAGAUGUUCCCGACUUCAUUCUACCCUCAAACUCCACUCCUCAGGGCACGCAAAUUGUGGCUCAAGCGACCAUGCGUAGGGCAACCUGAAAUGUUUUAGAUGAAGCCCUCACAUUUCCCGUUUACACCCACGAUGUUUGCAGUCACUGGCGAGGUGCGAACAAGGUAUACAUGACAUUUUGUAAAGUAUUACGAAUAUAAUAGUCGACUAGAAUAGAAGCGUGCAAGCAUGUCAGCCAUCAAUCUGGCUGUGGCAGCUUGGAAAAGUCGAAUGUCAGUACAUCUAACAGCAAAUCGGCACAUUUGACGGUGUAACGUCGACAUUUUACACCUAGUAGAUAACACUGUUUCCCAAUGUGGGAAUGCCCGAUAUUGCUUCAGCGUAGCCAUAUGUUGGCGCUUAUUAUACAUACUAAUACAAGUCUUAUCAGGAAUGUCUUGCCCUAUAUGCAUAUCCAUCCAGAAAGUGUGCUGAUUCCCCACACUGUUCUUGGGUAAUGCGAACGGGGUUGUCUAUCUCAUCACCAUUCGUAUCUAACACCAUCGUUGGGUACGUACCACCAUGUUGAUUACGC